AAAAUAAGCAAGUAAAUAGGAAAUAAGCAAAGCAGAACACUGCGGGUCAAAACAGCAGUAUGUGCGCAAGCUUGAUCCACUAGUGUUUCUUCCACUAGCUCGUGGCCUGAUUGGAGGUAGCUCGUCAAGGAUAGCAUCGUGCAGAAACGCACCCGCGAGUGGAUGGCAUUCUGCGCAUGUAUGCUGUUUUUUGCUCUCGUAUCCUGUGCGCUAUUUUUGAGACUAGAUAAACACCGUAGGGCCAUUCACAUAUUGUGUCUUUUGCGCUCUUAAGGUCGCUAUUUCAAAUGUACUGUAGGCGCGCGGGAAGUGCUCUCAUAAUUGAAAUGAAUUUUGAUUGUCGCAAGCGCACCGCAUUUCAUGUGUCAAGAACCAACCACCAUUGAAUGCUCAAUAAACAUUAAGGUUCGGGGUGCGCCCAAACGCUACCACUGUUUUUCUCUUCUCCGUGAAUAAAUCUUGUAGCAGACCUACUGAAAGCAUUUUUCGGUAGUGAAUAUCUAUUAGCUACUAAAACAACUUUGUCGUUGUGGAGAGCGCAGUGCAUGGAUGCUUAGCAAUGACAGACGCCACGGGAAAAUCGGCCUGAUUUUUACUAUUAAUAAUAAAAGAUGAGCUUCUAUACAUGUGUGUGUAUAUGUAUAUAUACAUAAUACAUCAUCCUUGAGAUGGUCUUGAUUGGAGUCCACCUGUGGUAAACUCAGUUGACUGGUUGUAUAAACCCCUCAUGGCUGAUCAGACAGUACUGUAUAUACUGUAUAUAGCAUGUCUGUGUCUGAGCGCAGGACGACUACAAUCACGUUCACGGCGGGAAGUGGACGGUGGGUAACCUGCGCCUCUAUCUGGAGAGCACUAGAGGACGGGACGUCACCAACCACCUGUUUGACCAGAUCCACUGGAUCAUCGUCCAGUCGCUCAAAGCCGUGGCUCCCGUCAUGAAUAACGACAAGCACUGUUUCGAGUGUUACGGUUAUGACAUCAUCAUCGACGACCGGCUCAAGCCGUGGCUGAUCGAGGUGAAUGCGUCCCCGUCCCUUACCUCCAGCACGGCCAACGACCGCAUUCUGAAGUACAACCUGAUCAACGACACGCUGAACAUCGUGACCCCGAACGGCGAGAUCCCGGACUGCCGCUGGAACCGCUGUCUGCCCAAAGAGGCUCUGGGACACUAUCAAGUGCUAUAUGACGAGGAGCAGGCCCUGAGCGAGAGCGCUGACCUCAGGAGCCGGUCGGGUCAGUCGCUGGGGUCAAAGGGCAGCAGAUCCGGCAGCGUGAGGCCACCGUUCCCCGCCACCUGGAAGUGAGACUGACAACACACGAGGCCUUCACUGGAGACACUGCAGCUACUGUGUGUGUGUGUGUGUGUGUUUAGCCCGUAUCAGUGUGAUCACAUGACCUUCGCAGAACUAGCUUCCACAAGGUUUUUUUGGCAUUGAAAGUAAAGAUACAUAUAUUUCUAAAAUAAACGCCGAUCUUCACUUUGAGCUUCCUAACUAGAUUAGCAAUAUACCCAAGUAUCCUGCUCCAGUGGACACACUCCUUACCACUGCAAACUACACUAACAACACAAGAUGGCGCUAUAUCCACUACUGCACAAUGAGACCGCGUGCUCCUUCACGAACACUGUCUCUGACCCGGCUAUAACAUGGCUUUCCUGAGGGGACGCUCAUCCAACACUGUUUAACUACAACACAGAAAUCACCCAGACCGUCACUUUUAAUACAGGACACCGUUAGAGAUUGGGACUAAACAACAUAGUACUGGAAAAAGCUGAAUUUGCUUUAUUUAACACUAAACACACAGAUGAGCGAGCAGGUAAACGCGUACACACUCCCCAACACUGACUUUUGGAGAUACUCUAGAUAAGACACAGUCUCCAUGCAACUCUUAGAUCAGCCCUGGCCUGCUGAUCUGGGCAUUUAUGACAUUAUUUCCCUUUAUCUGUGCCGUUUUAGAUUUUAUAUUUAUCUGUGUUUUUUUUUUUUUUAAAUGUUUUAGAUUUGAUUUUAUAUUGUGCAAUUUAAUAUAUUUUAUUUAUUUUAUUAUUUUAUUACUUUUAUUGAUGUACUAUAUAUAUAUGGUAAGGGAUAAUAAAAACCGAAACGUCACUAUUAAAAUAGAAUUUGCCUGAUAUUGUUCAUGUUCAAAACAGCAAAAUAAAUAAUGGUGCAAAAGA